AUGUUCCGGGACUUCGGGGAGCCCGGGCCGAGCUCCGGGCCCGGCGGCGUGUACGGGGGCCCCGCGCAGCCCCCCGCGCCCGGCCAGCAGAAGCUCCACCUGGUGCCAAGCAUCAACGCGGUGAGUGGCAGCCAGGAGCUGCAGUGGAUGGUGCAGCCUCACUUCCUGGGACCCAGCAGCUACCCCAGACCUCUGGCCUACCCUCAGUACAGCUACCCACAGCCCCGGCCCGGGGUCAUCCGGGCCCUGGGGCCGCCGCCAGGGGCGCGCCGCCGGCCCCCAGAGCAGAUCAGCCCGGAGGAGGAGGAGCGCCGUCGGGUGAGGCGCGAGCGGAACAAGCUGGCCGCGGCCAAGUGCAGGAACCGGAGGAAGGAACUGACCGAUUUCCUGCAGGCGGAGACCGACAAGCUGGAGGACGAGAAGUCAGGACUGCAGCGAGAGAUUGAGGAGCUGCAGAAGCAGAAGGAGCGGCUGGAGCUGGUGCUCGAAGCCCACCGCCCCAUCUGCAAAAUCCCCGAAGGAGCCAAGGAGAGCGACCCUGGUGGCCCAGGCGGCUCCAGCAGCCCACCAGCCCCCUCCCGCCCCGUGCCUUGUAUCUCCCUUUCCCCAGGGCCUGUCCUUGAACCCGAGGCAUUGCACACCCCCACGCUCAUGACCACACCCUCUCUGACUCCUUUCACACCCAGUCUGGUCUUUACCUAUCCCAGUACCCCUGAGCCCUGUGCCUCAGCCCAUCGCAGGAGCAGCAGCAGCAGCGGGGACCCCUCCUCUGAUCCCCUAGGCUCCCCCACCCUCUUGGCCCUAUGA